ACACGAGUGUGCGCACACACAUACGCACACAAACACAGGUUUAUUGCCAGUGAGAACACUGACACAUUCAAAGGUUCCUGUCCCUCCUGAGUUAUUCAUCCACCAACAUGACUGGAAGAGCUGUUUUCCUGGGACUCCUGCUUGUUUGUUUGGCUGCAGAUGCAGAGGAGACGUCAGGACUCGUGAGAAAGCCUUCGUGUCCUAGCACGAAGGAGAUCAUGGCGUGCCCUCUGAACCUCGCCCCUGUGUGUGGCAGCGAUGGAAUCACUUAUGCGAACGAGUGUACCCUGUGUGUCCAGAGACAAUCAACCAGGAUGGAAAUUUUGAUCGUCAAGGAGGAGAGCUGCUGAUCUGCAGCGGAGGAGGCGUCAACAGGGGCUCAUCAGGAUCUGAUCAUGUGUCCAUUGUGGAUCUUUGACUUAACUGGAUCCAAACCCUAAAGCCCUAAAGAUUAUCCUCUGAUUGUCAUGGGCAAUAAAAUAUGAUUCAGCAGUC